UCUCUCCUUCUGUCUCUGGUGAUGGUGGCAGAGGGAGGUGAACUCUGCUUUCCACAACUCCUCAACUCCUCCUGCAAGAAGCCGGAGCCUCCUCGCUCCGACACUGUGCUCAUUUACAUUGCACUGUGCUCCAUCGCUCUGCUCACUGCAGCUCUCAACCUGCUGGUCAUCAUCUCCAUCUCCCACUUCAGGCAGCUCCACACUCCCACCAACUUCCUCCUCCUCUCUCUGGCUGUCUCAGAUUUUCUUGUGGGCUUUCUGCUGAUACCCCUUGAAAUCGUCCUGACAGAGACCUGCUGGAUCCUGGGUGACCUCAUGUGUGCACUGUAUUAUCUGUUACCUAUCAUCAUAAUCUCUGCCUCCGUAGGAAACAUGGUACUCAUAUCUGUUGACCGCUAUAUGGCCAUUUGUGACCCCCUGCGCUAUUCUGUCAAAGUCACCCAACAAUUUGUUGCAUUGUGUGUUUUCCUGUGUUGGGUUUGUUCAGUUUUCUAUGCCGUUAUCCUUUUAUACGAUGGCCUGAAUCAUCCAGGCAGGUAUAAUUCCUGCAUUGGGGAGUGUGUGGUCAGCAUUUCAGGAGCUUUUGAUAUUGUUGUCGGCUUCAUUAUUCCCAUUACCGUCAUCGUAGUUCUGUACAUGAGAGUUUUUGCAGUGGCCGUGUCUCAGGCUCGCGCCAUCAAGUCCAACAUCUCACUCGAGCGUUUAAAGACUGUAAAGGUGAAGAGAUCUGAGAUAAAAGCAGCCAGGACGCUCGGUAUUCUUGUAGUUGUGUUUCUGAUCUGUUACAGUCCACUUUACUGCAUGGCUCUCACAGGCCAUGCCAUCAUGGUUGGUACUUCAGCUGAGGUCUUCAUGAUUUUCUUCAUGUACUUUAACUCCUGUCUAAAUCCUGUCAUCUACGCCAUUUUCUACCCCUGGUUUAAAAAAGCGAUCAGACUAAUUGUUACAUUUCAGAUAAUACACCCCAGCUCCCAUGACGCCAACAUACUGUAA